AGAAUGGUUAUUUCGUGCCUGAUUUGAAAUGAGAUGGAAAGAGGGAAAAAAGAAAAAAUUCAAAGGGAGAAGAAAAGAAAAAAAACAAACGAAAUCAUAUCGUUCCGCUAAAGGAAACCGGUCACGAUGCACUCCUGUCCAUUCGACAACCCCCGAGGCAUCCUCACAAUGCUACUGCUUCUUGUCCUUCUGCAAGGGACUCUCGUGGGCGCUACCCGGGUCAUAGGCCUCGUCACCAUGGACCCCUCCUCCCCCGAAUGGACCUUAAACGACUCCUUCGUCUCGGCCAUCCUCUCGACCCACAACACCUACCGCGAGGAGCACGACGCGGGGAAACUGAGGUGGAACGGCACCCUGGCGGCCUAUUCGGAGGACUACCUCGCCAGCAACGGCGACGAGCCCGGCGUCUGCCCGGCCUGGGAACACUCCGACACCCCCUACGGGGAGAACCUCGCCAUCGGACACUGCAGCGCGACGGCGGCGGUCGAGGCCUGGGGCGACGAGCGCGACAUUUACGAUUUCGACGACCAGGGGUUCAGCAAGGGCACGGGCCACUUCACGCAGUUGAUCUGGCAGGACACGACCGACGUCGGGUGCGCGAGGAAGUGGUGCGACGGUAUUCCGCACCCGGACUCGGAUGUCACGUUGAGCAGGUGGUACCUGGUUUGCGAGUACUGGCCUCCUGGUAACGUGAUGGGGCAGUUUGAGGACCAGGUCAAGAUUGGCGAGUAUGACGGUCCGGGGGAAGAGAAAGGGGAAGGGAAAGGGGAGGGGGAUGAUGAGUCCACUGCUUCGCUUAUAAGGGGACGACCUAACCUGUUCCUCGCGGUGCUGCUUUCAGGAUUUCUGGGCUAUUCGGUGAUGGUAUGAUAAUAUGAUUUGGACGGAUAUUUUGAUGGAUUGAAUAUCAUCAGUGAAGAAUAAAAUAAAAUAAAGCGAAACAAACCAGGCCCACAUGG